AUGUAAAUUUUGUAGAAAGAUUGGUAGACUUAACAUGAUAGAAUUUCAGGAGAAAUGUAAAAAAUGCUUAAGAGAAUUGAUGAAUUGUAAGAAUAAAUUACCCAGGAGGCAAAUCAUAACAAAAGAGAGCUAUAAUUGAAAGAAAUGGAUGAAACAACUCAGCAAUUAGAUGAAUAUAUUUAAAAUAUCAGCGAAAUGGGCUAAUAGCUCAGAUUGAUCACCGAUUUUGUAAAUCAUAUCAGAAAAGGUUUGUGA